AUGGGCGCGAAAUCGGAUUACACCCAGGGCAUCGAAAAGUCGGAUUCGACUGAUGCCAAAUCCAACGCCAACGUCAACAGAAACAACAGCGAUUCCAACGAGACACCACCAAUCUACUACGACGCUGAGCCAUCAGCUCAGCCACCAAAAUACCCUGACAACCAGACCAUUUCUUCUACAUCACGGCCCGCGCCCACAAAUCAACGACACAGCAGCGGCGCACCAGCAAGUACCAUCGCAGCAGUCCUCGGUUCCGAAUACACCGAUUUAGAUGCUCAGCGACGAGCAGACCGCAAGAAGAAAACCCUUCGCGAGCGCUGGAAUGAUUUCAAAGAAAGAAACUUUGGCGACUAUGAUCUUUCUGAGGAUAGGGCUGGAGCGGGGAGUGCGGCGGAGUGGAAUGUGCAGGGAGGGAGGGUAGGUGGGGGGAUGGCGAGUCCGUAUCGGAGGAAGGGGAAGUAA